AUGCGUGUGAAGCAGAUCUGGAACUAUGUCCCUCUCCCGGCCAAGGCCAAACUUCUCUGGGACAGGCUGACCGUUUCCCGUAUCACGACCAUUUAUUUUGUAUUCUCGCUCUUGCACUGUAUUCUCCAGCUCGUGUUCCAGACGCAAGCUUUCGCCAUAAACGCGCGCGCCGCAGACUUUCUUCAUAGCAUCGUCCGUGGAGGCGGCGCUCAGGUUCCUGGCUUCUUUCAAGUGGUCGGGGACACUCUCAGAUAUUGUGACCACGUCCCACACAAGAUCAGCGCGGCUUCAUGUCAAGUCGUCUGGAAUGGUACAAGCGUGCAAUCCUCGAACGCCCAGGGUGCCGUUCAAACUGGCAAUUCGUCUUCGAACAGCUAUGGCUCCUCUUCCUCUUCCUCUUCUGCCCUCUCCUCGUCGGUGUCAGCUGCGCCGUCAUUCACUACUACGUUCAACACGACCUUCUCGUUCAAAACGUUGGACACAUUCCCUUCGAGUGGGAUAUCCAGCACUACCGUAAGAUCUGCAAUUUCGGCAUCUGCUUCUAGCACUCCGGUGGUCAGGAUCGCGUCCAGCGCUACUUCGAGCACACCUGCGGCGAGGGUCACUGUGACAAAGAUCGUGGUCCAAAAACCGACGGCCACGGCUACCUCUUCAGACGACGACGAUGAUGACGACGAUGAUCUCGCCCACCGUAGGCGGUACCUACCCCGCGAGGCGUUGCAGAAACGCGGGAUGAUGGGGAACUCGAUUCUGGUCAUCGAUGUGGACGGACAAAAGAAGGUGGCUCUCAAUGGCUUCGGUUUCAAUACUGAAACUGUCUUGGAUCAAAAAUGCGUGGUCGCAUUGAACUGGCCAGUGCAGCUUUUGCACAACACGAAGCGCGAAGAUAUCACUUUCAUUGCGUUCCAGUUUUGGGUUCUGGGAAUGUCUAUUGCCGCACUGUUGAACGAAUCGAUUCCUCACAUCAUCGCAUCUCUCGUCACUCACAUGUCCGCGACGGCAUGGGCAGGGUUCCAGAUCUGGUCAACCUCAGCCUUCCACAACGACUUUCGUCGUAUCGCAACCAACGGUGCCUGCCAAAUCAACCUUUUGCCUUCCUACUGGAAAGACCGCGCAAACGCAGAGAUCCCCAGCCUGGUACUGAACACGGUUGCUCUGUUUGUGUCUGCAUUCCUGUCGUGGAGAUUGAUUAAGUUAUUCGGCUGGCAGACUUUCAAGCGCAUCGGGGCUUCUUUGAACAUCAAUCGCAUCUACAAGCUCAUUCUGACGCUUUCUAUCGCCAUUCAGCUGUCACUGUUCUUCGUCGUUGCGUCGAUAGGUAUCUGGCUCGACCAAAUUUGCAAUGGCACUUUUGCCCACCUAUCAACUGAGGGCACUCUGUACAUGGCCUUGAGUAUCGUUGUCAUCAUACUCCUGGCUCCGUGGCUUGUAACAGGUUGGUUUGCAGUUCGAAGAGAACUCAAGAUUCCGAUGGCGGUGUUCCUCGUCUUGUCCGGUGUCCUUGUCAUCGGAUGGGGCGCUAUGUUUGACUCCCUUACCUUUCGGUGGACUUUUGUUCAGUGGCGGUUCUUCAGCGUCAUCAUCGUGCUCUCAAUCACAUUGACGCUCCUUACCUUUAUCCUCGGCGUCGUAUGCUGGUUCAACUUUGGCCACGGCCUUACACACUACCUGAACGCACAGGAGCCGCUCCCUGGCGACGACUUUGUGCCGGUCGUUCCUGGCCAACUUGACCAGGACCCUGAGAAGGUUGAUUUUCCGUCCAACGACCGCCCGGUCCCGACGUUCUCCGCGGCCUUCGGAUCUGGGACUGAAGUCCCGCCUCCCAGUCAAAUGCGCUUCGCCCCACGCCAGAUGGGUCCCCGGUUCUUCAAUGCACAAGCACAGCCUUUCGAGUCUCCCGUCCAGACGAGCCCAGUCCAGAGCCCUCCCGUGGCGCAUUUCAGCUCACUGCCUAGCUCCGUUGCCCCUUCAGCAUACUCGGGCAGCCCUACAUCUCGCCGACUGCUCGUGCGCCACGGGAGCAGCGGAAGCGAACACAGUAUUUCAAGCGUGACGACCAUCGAGCCAUCGGCGUGCGGAGACGGUCUUACGAGGAUGAUGAGCAAUGCGUCUCGGGGAAACGAGUCAAUAAGCGGACGGUCGCGCUGGGUUAUUGAGUAG